CCGAAAUCCACGUUCAUUCAUCCAUGUGUCAAGUUGGUUGACCCAGAAAAGUUAGGACGAUUUAUCAAAAUAAGCUAUCCUGUCCUAGAGCAGGUCUAGCCAAUUCUGUUACCAGUCGGGGGUUUAACUAUAGGCUAUUUGAUAAUUAUGACAAAGAUUUUACAAGCCUACAGCCUUGCUAAAUCACUGCAACGAGGAUGUGUGGUUGGCAGAAAAGUUGGAAACGCAUCAACUACGUGGUUGAAACUGCAACCUGCUCAUUUUUUUAGCGUCAAGGCCCAAACAGCACAUCUGGUUUUGGACGAUGGCACCAGGAUGAAAGGGUUUUCCUUUGGUCACAGUGCCUCUGUGGCAGGAGAGCUGGUUUUCAACACUGGACUAGUGGGUUACCCUGAGGCCCUGACUGACCCGAGCUACAGGGGUCAGAUCCUCACUCUGACCUACCCCAUUGUGGGCAACUACGGUGUCCCAAAUACACAAGAGCUGGAUGAGCUGGGACUGAGAAAACAUGUGGAGUCUGAACGCAUACAGGUUUCUGGUCUUUUGGUACAAGAUUAUAGCCACGAAUACAGUCACUGGAACUCGGUUAAAUCAUUGGGGCAAUGGCUGAAUGAAGAGAAGGUACCAGCAUUGUUUGGAAUAGACACCCGAAUGCUUACAAAGAUUAUAAGAGAUAAGGGUACAGUUUUGGGAAAGAUUGAAUUUGAUGGGCAGUCUGUAGAGAUCACUGAUCCCAACCAAAGAAACCUUGUUGCAGAAGUGUCUACAAAGGAGACUAAAGUUUUUGGAAAAGGAAAUCCAAUCAAGGUUGUGGCUGUUGACUGCGGCAUUAAACAUAACAUCAUCCGUCUUCUGGUGAAGCGUGGGGCUGAAGUCCAUUUGGUCCCAUGGAAUCAGGACUUGACAAGUCUAGACUACGAUGGUUUGUUCAUCUCGAAUGGACCAGGAGACCCAGCUCUGGCCCAAACUCUCAUCCAGAAUGUCCGUAAGGUUUUGGAAAGUGAUCGUCCUCAGCCUGUCUUUGGCAUUUGCAUGGGAAAUCAGAUCACUGCUCUCGCUGCUGGAGCCAAAUCAUACAAACUUCCUAUGGGUAACAGGGGCCAGAACCAGCCAGUGUUGAAUGUGAUGACAGGCCAGGCCUUCAUUACUGCACAGAACCACGGCUACGGCAUUGACAGUGAGUCCCUGCCCGAGGGGUGGAGCCCGCUGUUCGUCAACGCCAAUGAUGGCACAAAUGAGGGCAUCAUGCACAAAACCAAACCUGUUUUCACCGCCCAGUUUCAUCCAGAGGCUAAAAGCGGUCCCACUGACACAGAGUUUCUCUUUGAUGCAUUCAUAUCCUUGAUCAAAAAAGGAAAAGAUGGCAGCAUAGUAUCAAUCAUGCCUAAGAAACCAUCUCUCCCUCCUAGACCUAAGGUGUCAAAGGUUCUGGUUCUUGGAUCUGGAGGUCUGUCCAUUGGUCAGGCUGGAGAGUUUGACUACUCUGGAUCUCAAGCAGUCAAGGCUAUGAAGGAGGAGAACUUAAAAACUGUGCUGAUGAACCCGAACAUUGCCUCUGUUCAAACUAAUGAAGUGGGAACAAAGCAGGCGGACUCUGUGUACUUUCUGCCCGUAACCACACAGUUUGUGACGGAGGUGAUCAAAACUGAACGCCCUGAUGGCAUCUUACUGUCUAUGGGAGGACAAACUGCUCUCAACUGCGGAGUUGAAUUGUUCAAAAGUGGUGUCCUGGAAAAGUAUGGGGUACAAGUGCUUGGAACCCCAGUGGAGUCCAUCAUGGCCACAGAGGACCGGCAGCUGUUUGCAGAUAAACUCAUGGAGAUCAAUGAAAAGAUUGCACCCAGUAUAGCUGUUGAAUCUGUUUCAGAUGCUUUGAAAGCAGCAGAACAAAUUGGUUACCCUGUAAUGUUGCGGUCAGCUUAUGCCCUGGGCGGCCUGGGCUCUGGUCUGUGUGCCAGCAAAGUGAAACUUAAGGAAACAGCUCGCAAGGCUCUGGCCAUGUCCAGUCAGAUCCUGGUGGAGAAGUCGCUGUUGGGUUGGAAGGAGGUGGAGUAUGAGGUGGUUCGUGAUGUGGCAAACAACUGUGUGACUGUCUGCAACAUGGAGAACUUUGACCCACUGGGAAUCCACACUGGGGACUCGAUAGUGGUGGCACCCAGUCAAACUUUGUCCAAUGAGGAGUACCACAUGCUCCGUGAGACAGCCAUCAAAGUGGUGCGUCAUCUGGGUAUUGUGGGCGAGUGCAAUAUUCAGUACGCUCUACACCCAUCGUCCCUCGAAUACUGCAUCAUUGAAGUUAAUGCUCGCCUCUCGCGGAGCUCUGCCCUGGCAUCCAAAGCCACUGGGUAUCCAUUAGCAUUUGUAGCCGCUAAACUAGCUCUGGGCAUCCCUCUACCCGAUAUCAAGAACGCAGUAUCAGAAAAGACCACAGCCUGCUUCGAGCCCAGUCUGGACUACAUCGUCACCAAAAUCCCACGCUGGGAUCUGGACCGCUUCCAGGGCAUGUCCCGGGAAAUAGGCAGUGCCAUGAAGAGUGUUGGCGAGGUGAUGGCGGUGGGCCGGACUUUUGAGGAGAGCAUGCAGAAGGCCCUGAGGAUGUGUCACCCCUCUGUGGACGGCUUCAUGCCCCGACUGCCUCUGAACAAAUCCUGGUGCCACUCUCACGACCUGCAGCAGGAGCUGGUGGUGCCCUCCAGCACCCGCAUCUUCUCCAUUGCCAAGGCCCUCCAUGGUGGAAUGAGUGUGGAUAAGAUACAUCAGCUGACAGCCAUAGACAAGUGGUUUCUCCAUAAACUCAACAGGAUCACACAACUGGAGCAUUAUCUGAACCUCUACAGAAGUAACACAGUCCCCAGUGAGCUGUUGUUAAAAGCCAAACAGGACGGCUUCUCUGACCGCCAGAUUGGUCAGAUAUUUGGUUCCUCUGAACGGGCAGCCAGAGAGCUCCGUCUGUCCCUCGGGAUCAAACCUUGGGUCAAACAAAUUGACACACUGGCAGCAGAGUAUCCAGCAAUGACUAACUACCUCUACUGCACAUACCAUGGCCAGGAGCAUGAUCUAGACUUUAAAGACCAGGGCAUAAUGGUUCUUGGUUGUGGUCCAUACCACAUUGGCAGCAGUGUAGAGUUUGAGUGCGCAGUGUCCAGUAUCCGAGCUCUGAGGCAGAUGGGGAAGAAGACAGUUGUGGUGAACCAUAAUCCAGAGACGGUCAGUACAGACUUCGAUGAGUGCGACCGCCUUUACUUUGAAGAGCUGACUCUGGAGCGCAUUCUGGACAUCACACAACAAGAGGGCUGCUCUGGCAGUAUAGUGUCAGUAGGAGGUCAGAUCCCCAAUAACCUGGCUGUCCCACUGCACCUCAACGGAGUAAAGAUUCUUGGGACCAGCCCGUUACAGAUUGACCGGGCUGAGGAGCGCUCUGUCUUCUCCAGUAUUUUGGAUGACCUUGGAGUGGCCCAGGCCCCAUGGAGAGCGCUGAGUUCACUGGAGGAUGCCUUUGCUUUUGCCAACCAAGUGGGAUACCCGUGCCUGCUUCGUCCUUCCUAUGUGCUGAGCGGAUCUGCCAUGAACGUCGUGUAUGGAGAAGAGGAGAUGAAACGCUUCCUGGAGGAGGCCACUCAAGUGUCACAGGAGCAUCCGGUGGUUAUCACAAAGUUCAUCCGUGGAGCCAGAGAAGUGGAGGUGGAUGCUGUGGCCAAAAAAGGAAAGGUGCUGGUCCAUGCCAUCACAGAGCAUGUAGAGGACGCAGGCGUGCACUCUGGAGAUGCCACGCUCAUACUCCCCACCCAGACUAUUAGCCAGGGAGCACUCGAAAAGGUUAAGAUUGCCACCUGGAAAAUUGCCAAAGCAUUUGAGAUUUCAGGCCCUUUUAACACCCAAUUUCUGGUCAAAGGCAAUGAUGUCAUGGUGAUCGAGUGUAACCUCCGGGCAUCUCGCUCCUUCCCAUUUGUGUCCAAAACUAUCGGGGUGGACUUCAUAAAUGUGGCGACCAAAGUGAUGGUGGGAGAGCCGGUGGAUGAAGCCAGCCUGCCUUCUCUGGACAGACCAUUCAUUCCUAUCGACUACGUGGGCAUCAAGGCGCCCAUGUUCUCGUGGCCGCGGCUGCGUGAUGCUGACCCAGUGCUGCGCUGUGAAAUGGCCUCCACUGGAGAGGUUGCUUGUUUUGGGCCAAACAUUUAUUCAGCGUUCCUCAAGGCUAUGCUCUCCACGGGCUUCAAACUGCCCCAGAAGGGCAUUCUGAUUGGGAUUCAGCAAUCUUUUCGACCAAAUUUCCUGGCUACAGCUCAUCAGCUCAAAGAAGAAGGAUUCAAGCUCUUUGCCACUGAGGCCACCUCCGCCUGGCUCUGUGCUAAUGAUGUGCCUGCCACUCCUGUAGCCUGGCCCAGUGACGACGGACAAGAGACAAAACUGCCCAGUAUUCAAAGGCUUAUCAGUGAUGGAGACAUUGACCUUGUAGUAAACUUGCCCAAUAACAACACUCGCCACGUAAAGAACAACUUCCUCAUUCGUAGAUUGGCUAUUGACCAUGGCGUGCCCCUCAUCACCAACUACCAGGUGGUGAAGCUGUUUGCAGAGGCCAUCCGUUACGCAGAUGAAAUCGACACGACAAGUCUUUUCCACUACCGACGGAAAGACAGAAAGGAGAAUCAAAGGGAGAAGAUCAGAUAGAUACAUCAGAGAAGAACCAUGUGAAUCAUAACUACUGAACGACAGACGUAAAACAACGGCAGUGCCUCUUGUUAUAGUAUGAUGUUUACAACUUAUCAAAGGCUCUGGUGUCUUUGGUGCUAUGGCUUGUUUUCCCUGUGGAUAUUUAUUUGCUCUCCUAUUGUUCAUAAUUGUCUUAAGUACAAGCCUGUGAAUAGCAUGUUUAUAAAUAAUAGCUUUUAUUAAAUAAGUAUUGAGAAAGUGACUAAUAUCAAAGAUCGUAAAGCUGAUAACUGUGGUGCUGGCCAGUUGAUUUGUGGCCAAGUAUUUUAGAAAGAAAUCCUUUUAUUUUUUUUGUUUAAGGGCUUGUUCAUAGUGUUAAGAUAAAACAAAACUGAACCUACAAAGGUCUGUGCAGAAUGUUUGUUACUGAACUGUUACAUGUUUUGUUGGACUGUAAUAAAGUGACAGGUCAAGUGGUGUGAAGAUGUCACUUAAAUGGGUAAAAAUAAGAUGCUAGAUGUCCAAACACGUGACUGAUUAUAAACUAGGGUUGUCAAAAGUAUCAAAAAUCUGAGUUAGCAAGUUUUUAUACUGAAAAAAUGCCAUGACAAAAUCUGACCUUUCUUGCACAGUUUUAGAGUAAUCUUGAACUUUAUCAACAUCAAUAUAGAUUGCAUGAUAACUUAAAGAAAGCUCUAUUAUUUGGUGCUGAAAAUUACAUUCUAUUGUCUAAGUGUUUUUUUUCAUCAUUGUGGUAUAACAUUUUUGCCUGGACGAAUCCACACUCAUCGCUGUACCAGCGGCUGAUAUGGAGCUGUAUAACAAAUACAGAGAAAUAUCCUUCUGGAUUUCCAGGCAAAUAAAAUUUGAUAUCCAAUACCAAACCUUUCCCAAGUGUCAAAAUCGAGUUUAAAAUGUUAAUAUUAUGAUGUAUUCUUCAGUAUUAGUUUCGUGUACCUUUUUCAUUUGAGUUUGUGAACGUUAGUGGUGUGUGCGUGAGUGUUGGUGGUGGUCGGAGGGGCCGAUGGGGCAGAUUGGCAGCCUCGUUUUCGUCAGUCUGACCCAGGGCAGCUGUGGCUACAAUAGUAGCUUACCACCACUAGGUAUGGAGUGAAUGAAUAAUGCUAUGUAAAGCAUCUUUUAGUCUUCAGAAAAGUGCUAUAUACAACUCCUGCAUUAUUAUUAUUAUUGAACAUUAUAUUAAACAACUAUGUUUCUUAUCUAAUAGAUUAUAACUUAAAUUGGAUAGUUUUACUCCUUGAGUAUUUUUUGUGUGACUGAUGUUGUUUUGAAGUUGACCAUGUUUAAUUACAGACAGUAAGACAUCUUCAAAUAAAAUUCUUGCAACAGUGUAACCCUCUUCAGACAAGUGCUGCCACUUGAGGACUGUCUUGGGCUCAUCAGAAUUAUUUUAGCCUGUGUAACUAAGCAACAGCUGUAAACUAUGUGGUCAGUGGGCAAGUAGGACCACUCUGAAGUAGCCUAUGUCCCGAUGGAGAUGGUAUUAAAGCAAUUGUAUCACUGUAUUUUUUUCUAUGUUUUUAAGCAAUGAAAAAAUCAGUAACUCAUUAAAUGCAAAAUAUAAAAUAUAUUAUUUAAGUUAAAAAAUACCCAUAAGUGAACUCAGCCCUUCUCAAGACUGAAUAAAUAUGCAAAAUGAGUAUCUGGCAAUACAUCUGUUCAAGAAGAAGGAUGAAAAAAAAACUAAAAAAACAACAACAAAAAAGGAAAAUAGCGAUAAGAGAUUAAAACCAGGUACAUUUUACAAAGCCCAGAGACAGUGAGCGCGAGCAUGUUCAGAAUUGUUAAAUAAUCUUGGUUCCGUAGCUCCAGCUGGCAUGGGCCCUGCUGUUUUUGUCGGAGGGAGAAUAAACCUGCCUAAUUGACAUGCGUUUUUCAUGCUGAGCUAAAUGAAUUAUUUACGGAGGUGAUGUGCACACAGGGCUCAGGAGGCAGCCAUUUGUCAGGCUUGACUCACAGAUCACUUUGAAGGGCUGUGGAGAAAUCUAGCCUGAUUAAACAAUGGAUAUAUACUUAGCCACCUUCUGAACUAAUGUUAUUAGAAACCUUCUAGUGUAAUAACUUUUUUUUGUUUUUAUUGAGAUUCAGUUUACAGAAGUGCACAUUUUAAACACUGUCAAUUUAAAACGUAUUUGUAACUAUUCCUGUUACGUUACAUGUUAUAUUGACUUAAAAUUGAAUAUAAACUGGAACAAUAUAUUUUGGGGAUCAAUAUUUUUUGAAUGUACUUUUUUGUUGAACUAAUGGGAAUUUUUUUGUUAUUUUUUGGCUAUAUGAUAAAAUUUAAGCUGUAAAAGGUUGAAUUUAUAACUGCAAACUAGUACUACUGUAGUACUGCUGUUUAUCUUUUAUUGUCUAUAUUUACUUCAGUAAUGUAUCAUGUAUCAAAAUGUGUUAUCGUGACAGGUACAGGACUAUUUGUAAAAGGACUAAUACAGGCUACUUAGAGCAUGUUUGUUGCUUUCUAAUACAGGUUGUAACAGGUUAUACAUACACUAUGCACUAUUAAUAUCCCAGUUUAUUCAAACAUUCAUUCAGACUGAAUGUAUGGUUCUUUCAGCAGUUUAUAGUGGCCUUUUGCUUUUCAUAGAACAUUAUGAGAUGUUGUGGUGCCAUCACAAUUUGGCCAUUUCAAUGUGUUGCUCAAUAUUUUGGCAAUAUUCUGAAUCUUGUUUUUUGUGUUUUCUUUUGCCAUUAAGAAGAGUACUUUGACCAUUUUUUCCUCACCGGCCUAGGUUAGUCAUAGUCCCAUUGUCAGUCACAGUGAAGUGCCGUUGUGCAGAAUUUGUGGAUCUCCAUAGAGCUGUGUUGCCGCAGUCCUCAGUCCAGUCAGUUCUGUGGUAAAUUGCCUCCUGACAGCACGGAGCACCACAUUAACUGUAAUGGAGGCUUGUUUCAAUAGUGAUUGUGCAGCUUAAUUGUUUUCAAGACGAUCAAGCUGUUGAAGUUGCCAUCUUUGUAAGGACAUUAUUGCCUUAAUGAGGUAGCAUGCUGCUAGAGCACAGCCACCUAUGGUGUGACAUGCUGUACUCACAUCAAGAAAUUGGCAAUAAUUUAUGGUGUUGUUUGGUAACCUAUUGCCUAAGGUUUAAAAAAAAUACUUGUAAGAACUAACUAACUUAUUUCCCUGUAUAUUCCUACUGCAGUGUACGUUUAAGGGCCUCUAAGGUUUGCCAACAGUAUCUGGACUAGGACAAAGUGUAGCCUACAUCUGGAUUCUGGAUCAGAUUAGGGAAUAAUAGGGAUGCCCCAGUAUAGAUACUAAUGUCUUAACUUAACUUAACUUCGAUAUCUGUGAUGAUCCAGUAUUUUUUUAUUUUAUUUUUAUUUUUUUUAUUGUAUUGUUUCUAUGCUAUUGGUUCAGCCGAUAUUCUGGUCGGUUGUUUAAUCAAAUGAAAUAAGACUACUUCAUGACUGAUGUAGGUAGUAGAUAUUUGCUGAAUAAAUAACCAAUUAUAUCACA